AUGCCGAGGUCAGCCCCGGCUCCCGACACGUUUCCUCCGGCAGGUCCGGGGGAGGUCCGUGGGAGCGGAGCCGGCGCUGGAGAUCGACGGCUCGGGUGGCAGAGGCCAGCCCGAACCGGGGCCGAAUGUCACCAUAGCCGCCGGGGCAGCCCGCGCCCCUCGGCCCCGCGUCCCCCCGCCAGCAUGAGGCGGACCGGGCCCUGGUGCCUGCUCCUGGCCGCGGCCUGCGCCCUGGGCCGGACCCCGCCAGCCCCGCCGGCCGCCGUGCGCUGCCCGCCCGCCGGCGCCUGCUUCAGCGCCCACCUCGCCAACGUCUCGUACGCCGAGGCCCGCGGUGCCUGCGACCGGCGGCGGGGCGGCCUGGCCUGGGUCAGCGGYGAGCCGGAGCUGCGCCUGCUGCGGGGGCUGCUGGCAGAGGCGGCGGUGCCCGCGCCCGCGCUGUUCUGGGUCGGGCUGAAGAGGAACGCCUCCGCCUGCACCCACGAGGACCAGCCGCUCCGCGGCUUCUCCUGGGAGGCCGCCGGGGGUGGGACGGUCCCGCAGGAGGUGCCGCCGGCGCUCGGCCGGUGGGUGGAGGAGCCCCGGCGCUCCUGCCUCAUCGCCCGCUGCGCCGGGCUGCACCUGGCGGCGGACACCGGGGACGGCCCCAGCUGGGGCUGGAAGGAGCAGGGCUGCCAGCGGCAGAGCCCGGGCUACCUCUGCAAGUAUCAGUACGAGGGCGCCUGCCCCGACCUCAGUCCCGCGGGCGCCCUCGACCUCGACUACCGCCUCCCCUUCGAGGAGCGCAGCGGUGGCCCCGGCUUUAGCCCGCCGGGCACCGUGCUGACGGUCCGGUGUCCCGGCGGGGAGGUGCGGCUCACCUGCCAACCCGAGCCGGGCGGCUUCGCCUGGAAAGCGGCAGAGGAGCCCCUCUGCCCCUGCCGCUUCGGCCGCAGGAGCCCCGACAGCGGGCGGUGCRCCGAGGCCGCCGGGUGCCGCGAUGCCGCCGGCGGCUUCGCCUGUGCCUGCACCCCGGGCGGCCCGGACGGGACUCCCUGCCCGGGCACGGGGCCGGCCCCCACCGCUGCAGGCAGCCCCACGGCGCCGUUGGAUGCCAGGGCGGAGGGGCAGGGUCCCUCCAUCCCGACACCCGGCGGUUCCGCGGAGCCACAGUCCGCCGCCACGGCCGCCGGCAGCGGUGAGAAGACGGCUGCUCCGCCGCCCACCUCCUCCUCCUCCUCUUCCAACUACGUUUUCAUCCUGGUGACGGUCGCGGUGGUGGUGCUGGUCAUCCUGGUCAUGACCGUCCUGGGGGUCUUCAAAAUCUGCUUCAACAAGAAAUCCGAGGGCCGCGGGGACAAGGAGCCGGCAGAGGCCGGCAGCAAGGCGGAGGCAGGCACCGCGGAGCCCGGCGGAGCAGCGGGCGGUGACUAGCCCCGGAYGGCCGAGGCCGCGUCUCUCGGGGCUGCCCCGAGCGGCAGCUCCCAGCCCGGCCAGCUCUCGGGUCCCCACGUCCCUCCUGCCCCCAGCUCUGCUGCCGCGGGGAGCCGAGGGAGAGGCGCCGCGGGACAUGGCUCGGCAGGGCUUGCACAUGCUAGCUGCGGGAGCGCCUAGCGACGACCUUUUGAGGGGAAUCUUUGGACAGUCAUGAGUUUUUGUCGGACUGAAAAACAGUUAUUUAGGUGCCGACUUCAGUAAAAUAUAAAUAGAUCAGCAUGGCCGAGAGAGCGAUUGCAGCUGCAGCAAUUGUGCAUUUUUGUCCUCUCAGAAAAUGUUCGUGGGGUGCCUUACUUGGAGCAAACAUGAAAUGGACCACUGCGAGCACUUGCAUCUUGUAAUUUAGAAGUCCCUCCUUGUCUGAGUGGUACUUGGAGGCUCUCGUUUUCAAUCUCAUUGCUGGAAUUCUCAGAGAGGUGAACUACCAUGAUUUUGGAUGAAACUGUGACCCAAAUGGUUUCAUACUGACAUUCUUAAAAAAUGUAGGAACAUUUCUAUACUUAGUAAGUCAUUAAACUGCUGAGGAAGUGAGAGGUUAAUGGGGAGUCAGUUUUAUACUUCAGCUCAUGAAAAUAAUAAAGAAUGAUGUAAAUCAC